AUGGCUUCAAUAUCUACUUCUCCUUCUUCAUUGGAAGUUAUGAAAAUUUCGAGCUACAAUAAUGGAUCUCCAACUACUACAGUGACAACUUCGACGAAUAAUUUGGCUUCGCUUUUACGAACUCCUUCUGCGAUGAAGCGGAGUGAUCGAACGUAUGAUUCAAAGAAUUGUAUGAAACUAACGCCUGUGAAUUUAAAGUGCUUGGUGUCACCAAUACGGCAUUCAUCGCAAGCUGAGGAAAACGUUACUCGCCAGAGUUUCAUGCAUGAUGAUGUCUAUAAGGAGAAUUUCACGAUCAUUUCUAAACAGCUUGAAAAAUUACUCGAGGAUUUAAACGUUAUUUUCAACGCAAUAGGAUAUUCCAAGUCCGAGAUUAUAUGCAAAGAGAAACUGAUAUUUAACACUUUAUCCGACUCAAUCAACAAGUUCUUUGAGGAAGCAGAGGGCGAUAUGAAGACUUUAACUGAUGAUAAUAAUUCUUCACAGGAGAUUCUCAAUCGAAUAUUAGAAAUUAUUCAUGAUCCCAGCGGAGUACAAUCAAUUCCGGAUCUUUAUGUCAGAAAUGCAAUACUGAUACCACAGAGCAAGACAGUUCCAACUUCGCCGAGGAAACCACUUUCACUAUUAAGCAAACGAAAACUUUUGAAAACGGCUAAAAAAUUCGUUUACGACGCCUACGUACCGAAACUUAUGAACUACUUGCAUGGUUGUAUUCAGUUCAUGACACUUUUCAGUACAAUCAGAGAACCGCUGCCUAAUCUACCAGUAUCCAACAUCAUAUCUCUCAUACCAGAUCUGGAUGUAGCUAAUCGGUUACGGAAUGAUCUCAAAAACUGUCAGAGCGACUUAGGUCUCUUGUCAAAACUGAUUAAGGAUAACAAAGAAGAGCUAUUAUUCAGUGGCAAAUUUGAUGAUAUUUCGAAUGAAAUGAGUAAAAUACUAUUUCAAUCGGCAACAAUUUACAAGGAAGAAUACAAGACAAGAUUAAACAAACUGGUCUCUCUUAAUACUUCCUUGGUGAAUAUACUCAACGAGCUACACAUUGAUCUAGAAAAGGAGAUAGCUGGACAAGAUAGGGAGAUCAUAUCGAUCUAUUCACAAAUCACAAAUGUGGACCAUAUGGAAAGAUACGUGCCUGUCAACCAUCAGAUAAAAGACCGGCUCCAAAAAUUACUAGAAAACUAUCAAGAUAUGCAUCAUAAUCGACAAGAAAAUAAAAAUGAACUCUUAAAGAAGUGCCAUCGUCUUUGGUCGAAGCUCAAAGUACCUCAAAAUUACAUCGAAACGUUUCUAUCUCAAAACUCUGGGUUGUCCUUUGAAGCUUUGAGUAAAAUCUCUAAGGAAUUGAAAAAGUUGGAGGCAAUGAAGAAGAAGAUAAUAAAGACAUUAGUAAAUGAGUCGUGGGAAAAAAUCGAGGAAUUGUGGAGAGUAUUGCAGUAUGACCACCAAGAAAAGGCACAAUUUGUACACACUUUUGAGACGAUGAAAGAAAUGGGUUCAAGUUUGGAGGAUGACGAGAGAUUACUUGAAGUUUGUGAAAAGGAAAUUUGGGCACUGGAGGAGAAGCUGGCAGUCUAUGCACCAGUGUGUAAAUUAAUCGAAGAGUUCAAACAAUUACAAUCCGACAAGCGUUCCCUGGAGGAAAGCUCAAAGGAUUCAUCUAGACUACUGCUAAGGAACUCUCACAAAAUCCUGCUACAAGAAGAAAAAACAAGAAAACGGAUAACAAGACAUUUUCCAAGAGUUAUUGAAGAAUUAAAGCAAGGACUAUUGAGAAUUGAUGAGUUAUUUGGUAAACCCAUCAUGUCAGAGGGCCAGAAUUUGAUUGAAAUAGUGACAAAACAAGGAGAGGAGCUUAUGAGUAAGUACCCUAGAAGUAGAAUUAAUUCAGGAUUGAGGAAAACAUGCAAUUCAACACUUCAGAAGAACACAGGAAAAAUUCUGAAGCCACGUCUUAGAGAAAAUCCACGUCCAAGGGAGACCAGAAUUGACAGAAGCAUCUCUCAUAACUGCAUCUCUGAAAACGAUAUAAUUACCUUUCAUCAGACCCCAAUAAUGAAAAAACCUGUUGUUACCCAUCAGCAGAAACAACUUUGGGACACGGUAGAAAGCAAUUCCAACUGCACAAGUGUAACACGAAAUGUAAGCAUUUCCAGUCCUUCAAGGCCUCUCCGAAGGCUUCUCCCACCCAAAGUGGUCUCAAGGAAGAACCAGACUAAAAUUCCCGAGCUGAAAUUGAAGAGACAUGAAAGUUCAACCUUGGAUUCAUCUCCUCUUUCGAGAUCAAUGCCACCCAACGCGAAAGUAGAGUUGAUACGCCCCACAAGGAUGUUCCCGAUAUCUCCCAACCGCAUCAAUCGACAAAGAAGCCAGAUUCCCAUGUUUUCAAAAGUACAAUCUACUAUAAGCGACCAGGUUACUGAAAUCAAUGGGAAGGAAAAUAUCGUUGACUCAACUCCAAGGCUCGAGACAAAAUACAGAAAGGGGGAAUUUAUGAACUUUAGCAGUCCCUAUAGAGAACCCAAUAACAGCGUGUACAAAAUUUCAGUAUCCCCCAACGGCAAGUGCAUGUUAAAUAUUGGACAGGAAAAUAUUGAUAGUGCCUUUGAAGACACUAGCAUCAUGGAUGUUGAGGAUGACAGAGAUUUUUUGACUUGGAAGAACGAACAGAUAUUGAAAAUCAAUGAACAACCACAGGAUAAAUAA